AUGGACCUUGUCUCGUCGACCUCGCCCGACUUUGCCGCCACCCUGAACCUCUCUUUCCCCCUCGUCCUCCGCCAGGCGCCGCCGCCCUCCUCCGCCUCGACCGCCCCUCUCUCGACGACCCUGUCCGCCUUCAACCUCGCCGCGUCAGACACGACGUUCGCGACCACGUCGCACCUGUGCCCGUUGUGCUUCUCGUCGCACCGCGGCAGCGCCUGCAUCCGCCUCGCGUCGUGCGGCUGCGUCUUCUGCACGCCGUGCCUCAAGGACUACUUCGACCUCCUCAUCACCGAGGGCCUCGUGCGCUCGGUCGCGUGCCCGAGCGAGGGGUGCGUCGCGGCGAGGGCGAGGUGGGAGAAGGAGGUCGGGCCGAGGGGCGAGGCCGAGAGGGAGAUGGAGCGGCCAGGGAGGCUCGUCGGCGACGAGGUCGAGCGCCUGUGCGGCGUCGAGAAGCGGCAGAGGUGGGAGUGGCUCAAGGAGAAGGUCCGUGUCGAGAGCGGUGCGUCCUUGUUUCUCCUUUCUCCUCCUCCUCGAGACGGUCCUUCCGCGACGAGGAGCUCACUCAUUCGCCCCGCAGACCCGUCCAUCACGUUCUGCCCGCGCGAGAGCUGUCAGGCGCCGGUGCCCAAGCUGUCCGAGGACGAGGAGAAGCUGCGCGUCUGUCCGGCCUGCAGCUUCAGCUUCUGCCAGUUCUGCAAGAGCUCGUGGCACGGCUCGCGCAACGCGUGCGCGCUCCCCCAAUCCUCGACGAUCGUCUCGUCGUACCUCGACGGCGAUGACGUGGUGCGGCGCACGCUCGAGGCGCGGUACGGCGUCGCCAACAUCAAGCGCCUCGUCGCCGCGUUCGAGGAGGAGCGCGCCCUGCGCGAGUGGCUCGACGCCAACGCGACCGAGUGCCCUGGCUGCGGCGCGUGGGUCAACAAGAGCGGCGGGUGCAGCCACAUGACGUGCACCAAGUGCCAGGCCCACUUUUGCUACCGCUGCGGUCAGUCUCUCCGCCCGACCGACCCCUACCGCCACUACAACACGCCUGGCGGCAGAUGCUACGGGAAAUUGUUCGAGUUCAUGCCUGGCCAGGAGCCGCCGGUCGAGGAGUGGAUCGGCGCGCUCGUCGAGGAGGACGAGCUGGCGGGAUUAUAG